AUGAAAAAGAAAUUGGUAAAAUUGUUUUUGUUGUUAUGUUUGUUAUCUGGUUGCCUAUUUUUAUAUGCUAUUAAUAAAACAAAAUAUGAUAAACGUAGGUUCGAGGACAAUGUGACUUUUAAAAAUAACGGAUAUACAAUGCCAACAACCUCUCAAAUUAAGGAUAGAGUUAUCAUAUCUUUUGUAGUUUGUGAUUCAAGAUUUACUGAAUCACUGAAUGUAAUUAAAUCUAGUUUGAUUUUCACUAGUACACCACUGUAUUUUAUAAUAUUUACCGACGAUAAAUUAAAAAGCAACUUUAGUUUGACUUUGAACGAGUGGAAGGAUGUUUUAGGCGAUAAAUUGGACUUUGAACUGCACAAAAUUAACUUUCCUGAAGCACACAGUGAAGAAUGGCUUAAUUUGUUCAGUAAAUGUGCUGCACAGAGGUUGUUUAUUCCGAAACUUAUUCCACACAUUGAUGCAAUGAUAUAUGUGGACACGGACUCUCUAUUCUUAGGCCCACCGCAACACCUAUGGGAUCAGUUUUCUAGGUUCAAUGCAACUCAGAUAUCUGCUAUGUCUCUCGAAGAUGAUAAUCCUAAUGUGUCUUGGUAUCCUCGAUUUGCUAAACAUCCAUUUUAUGGCAAAUAUGGGUUGAAUUCUGGGGUGAUGCUCAUGAAUUUAACAAGGAUGCGUGAUUUUGGAUGGGUGGACUAUGUGACGCCCAUAAUGUUGAAAUAUAAACUUUACAUACCUUGGGGUGACCAGGAUAUAAUCAACAUAAUAUUCCACUACCACGAAAAAGCGGUGUAUGUACUAUCCUGCAGAUAUAACUACAGGACAGACCAGUGCAUGUAUGGGGAUGCUUGCUCUGAUGCUACAAAAGAUGGAAUUUUUAUUUUACACGGCAGUCGGAGGGCGUUUCACAAUCACAAACAACCGGCGUUUGAGGCUGUGUACCGAGCUGUCGAGGAAUAUAAGAUUGGGAGUGACCCAAGAAUUGUACUGGAGAAGAUGAAAGAAUACCUUGAGGUGGCCCCGGAAUCUAAUUGUGGAAAUUUGAAAGACGCAUUCUUAAAAGUACCAAGACAUACUUUGGCCGGCUCGAACGAGAAACCCGACAGAUAA